AUGACCACAUCAACACCAUUGUUUGAAGGUGUCAAUGAGGAGUUUGAGCAUAUUGAGAAUGAGCUGAAAAUUUCAAAACAACAAUUAUGGCAUGAACGACUAGGACACCCAGGCCAAGACAAGUCAAAGGCAAUCAUAAGCAAACUGAAGGAUAAACACAUUGUGGAUUUGGACCCAGAUACUGCUCUGAAAUGUGAGCAGUGCAUACAAUCCAAAAGUAUGGUCACUCAGAUGGGGCAGGGUAGUGGCAAAAGAGCUGCAGGGCCCCUAGACCUUAUACACAUCGACCUGAUAAUAGACUCAUUCCACAUGACAGAGUAUACAUGCAUGCUGGUGCUGGUCGAUGAUCAUAGCAAGUACAUGCAUGCACAGCCAUUGUUAUGGAAGAGUCAUGCAUUUGUGCAACUCAAAAGGAUUGUUUCCUUUCUGGAGACACAGAUGGACCAGAAGUUAAAAGCAAUCUGA